AGCCUUUCCCAUACACCUCAGUAGCGUUCAAGCUCGAUACACGAAAGAGACACUCGAGCCCUGCAACCCUGGGGAAUUAACAUACCUCGGCGUUCUGGAUAACAACCCGCCUGGCCUCAUGCAUCUUUUUGGUAUUUUGUUUCAACUUCAGAGUGCCCCGAACGCCAAAGAUCUUGCACAGGACUUUCCGAGCAUGUUUCUGCUCCUCUUCUGCGCCCAACGAUGCUUCGAGAAAUGGCUCGAACUUCGCCGUAACGUAGGUAAAAUUGGUCGCCUCGAGGAUUUUUGCCCAUGUUGCCUGUGUUUCGUUGAGGGGCUCCGUCUCAUCAUGGAACCUGUCGAAUGCUACCUGCAACUUGUCGCCGACGUCUUCCCAUCCAGACUCUUGCAACCGGAUCUGAAAGGUCGAUGGUCAGUCAUAAGAUUAGUACACAGGCAUAGUCGGCGUCUCAUUCCCAAGUUCUUUUUGGUUGAGGUAUGGUCAGUGGGACAGGCUUACUAUAAUCACAUCGCGCAUACUGGCGUAUUUGUAGCAGCGCUGCAUACCAAUCAAUCAAGCCAAGCUUGGGUGACGGGCUUGUCCGAUUGACUGAUUUUUCACAAGAAGCUUGCUUGAUUUGACUGGCUUGGAUUGAAUUGAUUAAUAUUACCUAUUUAGGAAGUCAGUGAAGCUCUCACG